AUGACCACUUCUAUCUCAAGAAAACGAACAAAUGAGAGUGACAGUGAGAUGAAGCAGAUGCGGAAGAAGAAGUUGAAGAUAACCCUUUGUAUGGUGACACUCCUAUUGAAGAUUACUCCAUCUUUUAUUUCCAAGUACAAGGCAGAAACUGUUGUGAGGUUCGACCAAGAGGAGACAGCUUGGGGUCUUUUCGUGAAUUGGUUGAUUGGGUUGCUGCUUGUGAUGAGUAAUAGGGGGAGGCCACCGAAGGAGAAGGAAAAGUUGCUUAGCAAGAAAUCUUCAUGUCUGAAACCGACGACUAAAAGCAUUGUGGUCAGUGCCAAUCCUAAAAGUAAUAAAAGAAAGAGAGCUACAGUAGAUAGCUUGUAUGGUACUUGCCAAGCACAGUCUUUUGUUCUGGAAAGAGCCAAGGAGGUGGAAGCAACCCUAGAUCCUAGGCUUCCUGUCCUGCUCAAAGUUAUGCUGCCUUCACAUGUUACCGGAGGAUUCUGGCUUGGUCUUCCUAAGAAGUUCUGCUGUGAGCAUUUGCCAAAACAAGAUACAAUAAUUGUUUUGGAGGACGAAAGUGGGGAGGAGUUCUACACGAAAUAUCUUUUGGAGAAGGUGGGACUGAGUGGUGGAUGGAGAGGGUUUUCGAUUGCUCACGACCUGCUGGAGGGAGAUGUUGUCGUCUUCCAUGUACUCACUCCUACCAAGCUUAAGGUGUACAUUGUCAGAUCAAAUGGUUCAGAUGAUUUGGACGGUGCUCUUGGCCUGAUGAGAUUAGAUGCUUGCACUAAACAGAUGGAUACUGGAGACAUUGUUGCAUGUGAAAGGGAAGAUAGUGAGAAUUUGGAAUCUAUUCCUGAGGACAACGCAAUAGCCUUUGAUACAAAAUCUGGUCCGUCAUCAGACCAUUCCGGAAAUGAUAGUGAAAAUCUCGAUUUUGAAGUUCUGGAUGGACUUAGACUUUCAGAAACUGUUGUCACUUUUGAAGAAGUGAACUGCAUGGAGAACUUCAACGUUCUCGUCAAUGGUUUAAACAUAAACUCAGUGUUUUCAAAACACAUUCUGAGAAAGUACUAUGAGCUUUGCUGCAGUCAGAACGCUUUCCUUCAUGAACAGCUUAUCGAGGGUCUGAACUGCAAACUGGUUGCUGGAGUAAUUUCUGAGACAGUCAACAUUGCAGAUGCCAUCAGGGCCUGCAAAAGAACUACCUCAAAAGGUAACUUUUCCACUUGGGAUACGACUUUGAAAGCCUUUGACGAUUUAGGCAUGAAUGUUGGGUUCCUGCGUGCCCGGCUGGACCAUCUGGCAAGUCUUGCUUUAAAAUCAAAAAGAUUUAAAGAGGCUAAACUUGAAAAGGACCGAGCAGAAGAAGAGAAGAGAAACUUGGAGGCAAAGCUUGUGGAAGUUCAGAGCGGAAUUAAUCGGCUCGACUCUGAGAUGAAGACUCUAAAUACGAGUUCAGAGAAGCUUGAGCUUAUGUUUCAAGAGGUGGCUAAAGCCCCUUGGUGAUGAGAAAACUUCAAUGCCUCUCGUUCUUUUAAGUUCUUUUUUGGUAUAAGUAAAAGGUAAUUCAGGACCAGAACCGUGCCAAAGCUACAUGGUGAAGAAACGUUGUGUCAUGACUCUUGCCUUCUCCGUGGAGUCACAUGCGCAUCGAUCAAUUGGUAAUCUUUUGCAUAGAAAUCAGCAAGGUAGUUAAGUGAUUUUGGGUAACUUGACGGUAGAAUUAUGUUCACCGGAGGUAUCAGUAGGUACCGAGUAGGGAGGAAUUAUUGUUCAUUCUGGUUCUCUCUUUUGUAAUUUCCUUAUGAAUAUAUAGUCUAUUUGCCAAA